CCGCUGCAUCCGUUCUCAAUAGCUCCACAUGGGAAGCAGAUAACGGGUGAGCAUGCUGCAUCUCUUACCCUCUGACUCAGCCGAACAUCUGUUACCCUCACACUCGCAUUCAACGGCCCCUCGAACCUACUGCUCGGCACAAGUCAUAGUGUUUCUAGCUUGCACUAUUCGUGCCCGCACCGAAGUCCUUGGCACGUCCAUGGCGCCCACGGAGGAAUCCACAGCUGCUACGCUAGCGCCGCCACCGCCGCCUCACUUCGUUAUCGUCCCCCUCGUGGCGCAGGGCCACACCAUCCCCAUGGUUGACUUCGCCCGCCUCCUCGCGGAGCGCGGAGCGCGCGCGAGCCUGAUCACGACGCCGGUGAACGGCGCGCGGCUACGCGGCGUCGCCAAGCAGGCUGCGAGCACCAAGCUGCCCCUCGAUGUCAUCGAGCUCCCGUUCCCGGUCUUCGACGGCCUGCCCCCGGGAAUCGAGAACGUCGACCAGGUCACCGACAACAAACACUUCGCCCCCUUGUUCGACGCCCUGCAGAAGCUGGCCGGCCCGCUCGAGGCCUACUUGCGCACUCAGGCUCCACGCCCGAGCUGCAUCAUCUCCGACUGGUGCAACCCGUGGACGGCCGGCGUGGCCAGACGCCUAGGCAUCCCUCGGCUUUUCUUCCACGGGCCGUCGUGCUUCUACUCGCUCUGCGAUCUCAACGCUGUUGAUCAUGGGCUGCACCAGCAGACCGCGGAGGCUAACGACCUGGAAAAGUUCGUUGUGCCAGGAAUCCCGGUGCACGUGGAGGUGACCAAGGCCACGGCGCCGGGCUUCUUAAAUUCGCCUGGGUGGGAGGUACUCUUCGCCGAGGCCGUUGAGGCCAUGCGCACGGCUGACGCAGCGGUGGUGAACACAUUCUUGGACCUCGAGGAUCAGUUCGUGACAUGUUAUGAGGCGGCGCUCGGCAAGCCGGUGUGGACGCUCGGGCCCUUCUGCCUCUCCAACCGGGACGCCGAUGCCAUGUUGUCGCGCGGAAACAAGCUGGACGUCCAGCAGAGCGGGGUCACCGCGUGGCUCGACACGAUGGACCCGGACUCCGUCGUGUACGUCAGCUUCGGCAGCCUCGCGCGGAAGCUUCCGAAGCAGCUGUUCGAGGUCGGCCACGGCCUCGAGGACUCCGGAAAGCCGUUCCUCUGGGUGGUGAAGGAGCCCGAGGUGGCCGCGCCGGAGGUGCAAGAAUGGCUGGAGUCCCUGGAGGCUCGCACGGCGGGGCGCGGCCUCGUGGUGCGCGGGUGGGCGCCGCAGCUCGCCAUACUGUCCCACCGCGCCGUCGGCGGCUUCGUCACCCACUGCGGGUGGAACUCGCUGCUAGAGUCCAUCGCGCACGGCGUGCCGGUGGUGACGUGGCCGCACUUCGCCGACCAGUUCUUGAACGAACGGCUGGUCGUGGACGUGCUCGGCGUGGGUGUGCCGAUCGGCGUGACGGCGCCCGUGAUGAUAUUUGACGACGAGGCCGUGCAGGUGGGGCGGGGAGACAUCGUGCGGGCAGUGUCAGCGCUGAUGGGCGGCCGGGAGGAGGCCGACGAGAGGAGGAGGAAGGCCAAGGAGUACGGGGAGAAAGCUCAUAGGGCCAUGGAGACAGGAGGGUCGUCGUACGAAAACCUGACGCAGUUGAUCGAAACCUUCAGGCAGAGGGGAGGCAAUGAAAGUGCAUGGAGUACGUAAAAAACAAACAGAAGAACAUAGACUGCUGCUGCAAUCGCAAUACUGAUUCAGAAGCUUGCAUUGUUCAUUGGUAGCAAUUUUAUGUUCUGUAAGAAACUAAGAAUCAGUGAUGAUUAAUGUGUGUGUCCCUUCUUUUUACUUUUCAAUCUUUUCCUGCUUCUGCAGUACUAUAUUAUCUGAUGUUUCUGUGCUGUAACCAGUAUGUACCAGUACCAUAAAGUGCACUGAGCAUAGAAGCUUCUUACAA